AUGGUCAUCAACACCAGGUCCCGAGCCAGGCAGUACCAGAAGCAAAGGAUAACUUUUGCUGUCGACGCCCGUGCGGCGCGUGCGCCCGCUACUCCGGUGGCUACAUUGCAGCGAACAUCCAACAUUGCCGACAUUGGGGCUCAAGACCGUCGGAAUGCCCCGCCACCACCGCCAGCCCCAAAGAAGAACCUUGGCCAUCGCAAGGGACAAUUACAAUCCCGGCGAUCAAGGUCGGGUAGUCUCCAGCUAGAGAAGGACAUCGAAAUUCAAAUGGCUGCAAGGAGGUCCAAGAAGAAGGGUGCUGCUGAUAAGAGGCUCACAGUUGCGGGAGUUAUCUGGGACUUUGUGUAUGUCGGCAACAUCAAUCCCGCCGCGACAUACGACCAGCUCAGGAAGCUCUUCGAACCGUGCGGGACCGUAACGCGCAUCCAGCUACGCUGCAGCCGCGGUCAGGCUGUGACCAUAGGCCGGGCAGUCAAGCCAGAUCUGCGCAACUCAAGAAAUCGGCAGUAUGCCACCGUUGAAUUUGCCCGUUCUUCCUCCGCCCGUAAAGCAUUGAAAUUAGACGGAACUUCCCUCAACGGGUGCAAGCUUGUUGUGACGGUAUCACCUGCAGAUCUCCCGGAAGUUCAAGAAAUCCUUGACGCACGUCAAGCAGAGCUCGCGAAACGCAAGAAAUCGGGAGGCGACGCCUACACUGCCAAAAACCCUGCCCGUUCCAAACGCUCCCUUCACCAACCGACCGAACUUGUCAUUGGAAGUACUGCUGGCAGUCACCGACUUGAUCGUCCACCUUCUCCAUCUCCGGUGCCAAAGAAGGAUCGGCAUGUUAUGCUUGGAUUUUCCUUCCCCAAGACCGUCUUGUGA